AUUAACAGGGCUGCUUGAAGCUAGAGCGAGCGAGGCUUGUCUAAAGAGCUUAUUUUACAUCUCGACUUCGUUUCAACAACAAAGAUCUCUACGUACGAAACACAAGAACGACGCGAUGGCUCCCGCAAAGCCAUUAAGCCCGGACGGCGUCCGGGCUGCAGACGAGACUACACCUCUCCUCGUCGCUCCCACCACCGAGCCGAAUGGCGAGAGCGCAACCGCCGCCAUUAGUAAUGGUAAAACCGACGAUCCUGAAGAACAACAUCAAGACGAAAUCGAAGAGGAAGAUGAGCCAUUGCCAAUUGGGCAGAUUCUCCUUCUGUGCUUCGCAAGGCUGAUGGAGCCAAUUGCCUUCUUCGGCAUUUUCCCAUUCCUCAAUAAGAUGAUUCAUGAGACGGGAGGUGUAGACAAGGCGGACGUUGGAUUCUAUAGUGGGUUGAUUGAAAGCUUGUUUUCGCUCACACAGGUGUGUGUCAUGAUUGCAUGGGGACGGGCUGCGGACCGCAUUGGACGAAAACCAGUACUUGUCUUCUCAUUGUGUGGCGUUACAAUUGCCACAGGGGCUUUUGGGUUCAGCACUUCCUUUUGGCAGAUGGCUUUCUUCCGGUGUUUGGCAGGCGUCUUUGCCGGAACUAUCGUAACUAUUCGGGCGAUGAUCUCGGAGAACAGCACCAAAAAGACUCAAGCACAAGCUUUCAGCUGGUUUGCGUUUUCGGGCUAUAUUGGUAUAUCCCUUGGACCGUUUAUAGGCGGCACUUUAGAGAACCCAGCAGAGAAGUUCGCUUUCUUCAAAAACAUCCAACUCUUCAAGGACUUUCCGUACGCAUUGCCCACCAUUGCUAUAGCGUCCUUUGGAUUCGUCGCAGCAGUCAUUUCUGCGCUCUUUAUCAAAGAGACUCUGCACAGACACGAGAGUAAAGGCUCGACUGACAACACUCCACCUAAAUCGACAUGGGAGAUCAUUAAAGCCCCUGGUGUGGCGAUAGUUCUCGGAUUGUAUGGCUUCACCAUGCUCAUGGCAUUCGCAUAUACUGCUGUACUGCCUGUAUAUUUGUUCACAGACAUCAAACUAGGAGGUCUACAAUUUCCACCACUAGGCAUUUCUAUCGUCAUGGGUGUCGGUGGUCUAGCCCAAGCAGUCUACCUGCUUUUGAUCUUCACUCCGCUCCAAAAACGAUUUGGUACGGUCGGCGUGAUGCGACUCUGCGCCUAUGUCUGGCCCUUUUUCUUCAGCUUAGGUCCGAUAUUGAAUACCUUCCGCCGCCAUGAUGCCAUGGUGCCUUUCUGGGUCUUCGGUCCGUCUGGAUUGGCCCUGGGCAGUGGAGUUGCUAUGGCUUUCACUGCCGUCCAACUUGCUCUCAAUGACAUUUCGCCCUCGCACAAGGAGUUCGGGACGCUGAAUGCGCUCGCUCUGGCAACUUCGAGUGGUACUCGUGCUUUCGCACCCGCGUUAGCUACGAGUAUCUAUGCUGUUGGUGUGGGAAAACAGAUCGCUGCUGGCCAUCUCUUCUGGCUAAUACUGAUUGCAACGGCCUUAUUGUAUGCAGCAGCCGUGAGGUGGUUGCCAAAGAAAGCAGAGGGGAAGUAUUACAAGAAGGUGGAUACCGACGAUGCGUGAGUACGAAAGACCAUUUCCAAAAGCGUCACUAUAGAUCUAUUCAACAUGCAUACCGCAUUCCCAGGAGUCUCAUCUCGUCUCCCCCAAAGUUUUGUACAUAGAUCAAAUCCCAGCCUAUGAUUGGCCCACUACAC